ACUUUCUCUCUCUACAAAGAGGAGACACUUUCUCUCUCUAACCUUCACUCGCACACCGCCCAUCUUCGUCCCAAAAUACUGUACUCUUUCUGUGCCCUAAUUCAAUUCAUAAACCCUAAACAUUUCACCAUUCAAGACCUCAAAUGGGUAAGCAAGAGAACUCCGUGCGCACCACCGGCGCAUCCAAGAAGCGAGCCUUUGCUUCCGUAACCACGCCCAAUCAGUCUCUGCAACAACUUCCCCCAACGAAGAAGCGAGUCGUUCUGGGCGAGCUCACCAAUUCGCUCAAUGCUGGGUCGAUUCGGACUUCGGGUUUUGGUGAUGCCAAACAAACCGAACCUAAAUUGAGAAAAACGAAGAAGAAGAAAGAGAAAAUUGACGAGUCAGUGAAGUCAGAUAUCGUUGGGGUUUCUGAUGUUCCGCAGAAAUGUGGUUAUGCGCGUCUUAUAUAUCAGCAUCUUCACUCCUUGGAGGUGCAGGACGAAAGGAGGCCAUUUCCCAAUUACAUGGAAACUGUUCAGACUGAUGUUACAGUGUCUAUGAGAGAAAUUCUAUUGGAUUGGUUGGUGGAGGUUGCCGACGAAUACAAACUUGUCUCAGAGACCCUUUAUCUCACUGUAUCCUACAUAGACAGAUUCCUCACUGAGCAUCCUUUAAGCAGGAACAAGCUUCAGCUCCUUGGUGUUUCUUGCAUGCUUGUUGCCUCAAAAUACGAAGAGAUCACUCCUCCCCAUGUUGAAGAUUUUUGCUACAUAACAGAUAAUACUUACACCAAGGAAGAAGUGGUGAACAUGGAGAGGAAUGUACUAAAAUUUUUGAACUUCGAGAUGGGUACUCCAACAACAAAGUCUUUUCUCAGGAUUUUUACCAGGGCUGCUCAAGAUAAUGGCAAGGUUUCUGAUUUGCAAUUUGAGUUUUUGAGUUGCUAUCUUGCGGAGAUCAGUUUGUUAGAUUACGACUGUUUGUGCUUCUUGCCAUCGGUGGUUGCUGCUUCAGUCGUGUUUAUUUCAAGAUUUAUAAUCCAACCAGACAUGCAUCCUUGGAACUUGGCGUUGCAACAAUAUUCAGGUUACGAACCAUCUGAUUUGAAGGAUUGUGUCCUUACCAUUUAUGAUUUGCAAAAGGGUAUAAGAGGAGUAUCUUUGCGUGCGGUUAAAGAAAAAUACAUGCAGCAUAAGUUUAAGUGCGUUGCAGCAUUGCCUUCUCCCAAAGAGAUUCCUUGGAGUUACUUCGAUCCAUUAAGGAAUGAAUGAUGAUGGGAUCCUCAACAGUUUUAAUUUCUUUUUGAUGUCAUGUUAUUGAAUAGUGUUCUUGCAACAGAUCUCUUCCCAUUUAAUGUUUCAUUCUUGGCUUAAUUGGAGGGAGUUGUGAAUCAAGUUGAUGGUUGAAGCAGCUUGCUUGAAUUUGGGAUUUAUGUUGAUCGUCGAAGAACUUCAGGGGAGCACCUCUAGUAAGCAGCCAUUGAUGACUUAUAAUCUGACAUGUUAGCCUCUUGUUCCUGGAACAAAUUAUCAAUAAUUCUGGCAAAGACUGUAGAUCAUCUUGAUUAGAUUGUGCUUCUUGUUCCACAGAACAAAUGAACAUGCAUGACAUAAAUACUUGUACAUCUCCUUAAUUGAAAAUCAAGCAUUUUUAAC